UGCACACUAACACGGCGCAGACCGAGAGAUAUGUACUUUAAAAUUAUACUUGCUUUCUCAGGUGCAGUUUGCAUCUAUGCACAAAGAAGUCGUGAACUUUGUCUCAGCAGAGGAUGCUUUGAGUCAGGUGAUAAUCACAUAUCUGUGACACUGGAUGGUGACAAAGUCUACUAUGUAGACUUUAAAAAAGGAGAAGUCAUUUGGGAUAGUAGAGUCCCUAUGUUUUUGCAUGUUCCCUGGGCUUACAAAUAUGCAAUACAUUAUCAAUUUGCAUGCAAGAGCGAUGUGCAGAGAUGGAAACCAGACGAGUCAGCUGCAACAAAGACUAAAGAGGCCCCAGAAAUCCUCAUCUACCCCAGAGAUGAAGUGAUAAAAGAGGAAGAAAACACUCUCAUCUGCUUCAUCAACCAUUUCUUUCCUCCACGCAUCAACAUAAAGUGGACCAAAAAUGAUAUAGAAGUAGCAGUGGAGUAUCCUGUCAUCAAAUGCUUAGCUAAUCACGAUGGGACAUUUUAUGUUUUCUCAUACCUGAACUUUGUCCCACAAGAAGGAGACAUCUACAGCUGCACUGUGGAACAUGAGUCAAUGGAGAGGCCUCAGACCAUGUUCUGGGAGGUUGACACAGAUGAGAUUAGUAUUGGUCCAGCCGUCUUCUGUGGACUUGGCCUGAGUCUUGGACUUCUUGGAUUUGCUGCAGGAACUUUCUUUUUUGUGAAAGGAAACCAAUAUCAGGGCAUUAUGGACGCUGGUGGCUAAGAUAGAUGCCACAGCAUUGUGAUCACAUCGUCCUUGGUUUGUUUCCAGCCACUGACAUUCAUUUCAUGUCUUUCCCUUCUCAAAAAUGCCCAAAAUACACAAACAUGUACAUGAAUCAAUCUGAGUCACGCACAUCUGUAAUUCACUGAAUUGUAAUUCUCUUCUGUACUGUCUUUUAAAGCGUGACAUAAUCCAGGUUUGUCUUUUUUAUUUGUGUUGUCACUUGUUUAAUUGAAGUAUUUUUUUAUCAUUUAUUUUUUCUUAAUAAAUAAAGGCACACGAUUGCCACUGUGUCAUAGAUAUGUAUGUUGUGUGUAUGUGAGUGUAUAUAACGUGUUAUGCUUGAAUUACAAACCUUACAAUGAAGAUCGACAAGUUCUCUCUAACAAGUCCCACAAGGUUCUACUUUGGGUCAUAUGCCUGAGUCUGCAGUAUAUGCAAUAUUUACAUAUGGUCAAAUCAUUGUAGCACUAUUUGAACGUUGUCAGAAUUUUAAACCUUCUACAGAUAUAUAAUCCAUCACAGUGAUCAUUUAGGUGCUUUGACUCAUGACAGAGUUGGGCUGCCUCUAAUAGUGGAGAUGAUUGGUAAAGGUUUUGCACUACUGUAUAUUUCUGAAAAAUACUCUGAAGACCAACAAGCAAACAUGGAUGUGGAUGAAGAAUGUAAACUUGUGUCUUGCAUGAAAUCAUUUGAGAGAAA